AUGGCGUCGCCGUCCAUCCCCGCGGCUCUCCGCCACCCGCACCUCCCCGCCGGUGGAGUCCUUCUUUUCCACUUGUUCGGGGAUCCAACCUCGCGCUCCGCGCUCUCGUUCAGGCAAAACUUUCUUUCUCCAUCUAGUUUCUGGCACCGCGCCGUGAAACUUUUUGGUGUGUUGGUCGAUCCGGUCGUGGUUAAUUUUGGUUGCUUUUGUUCAGCUGCCCUUAUACUAGAAACGAUAGGAGACAUGCCAAUGAGAAGGUGUCAGACAGAUGUUGGUCCAGUUUUGGCUGCAAGGGGUCCUGGUUUGGGCAACGUUGACAAUCUCCAUCAGAGUUCAAGCUUGUCUAGGAGCUGGGAUUUGAACAGCCAGAUUGAUGAUGACCGCGAUGUACUCAUAGAAUGUAGGGAUGUUCAUAAGUCAUUUGGUGACAAACAUGUAUUAAGAGGUGUCAGUUUCAAGAUUAGACAUGGUGAAGCAGUCGGGAUAAUUGGACCUUCAGGAACAGGCAAGUCAACUAUUUUGAAGGUUAUGGCAGGGCUGCUAGCCCCAGACAAGGGUGAUGUAAUCAUUUGUGGAAAGAAAAGACAUGGUUUAGUUAGCGACGAGGAUAUAGAGGGUGUCCGCAUUGGUUUGGUCUUUCAAAGUGCUGCACUUUUUGAUUCUCUCACAGUUCGCGAAAAUGUUGGAUUCCUUUUAUAUGAAAAUUCAAGCUUACCCGAGGACCACAUUGGUAAAUUAGUAACAGAAACUUUGGCUGCAGUAGGACUAAAGGGUGUUGAAGAUCGUAUGCCAUCCGAGUUGUCUGGUGGCAUGAAAAAGCGUGUUGCUCUAGCACGUUCGAUAAUAUUUGAUGAUACAAAGGAUGUAGUCGAGCCAGAGGUCCUUUUAUAUGACGAACCUACAGCUGGGCUCGACCCGAUUGCAUCAACUGUCGUGGAAGACCUUAUACGUUCUGUCCAUAUGACUGGACGGGAUGCUCUUGGUAAGCCAGGAAAAAUAGCUUCCUAUGUUGUUGUGACCCAUCAGCAUAGCACAAUAAGAAGAGCUGUGGAUAGGUUGCUAUUUCUUCACGAGGGGAAGGUAGUCUGGGAAGGAAUGACACAUGAGUUUACAACAUCAACUACUCCAAUUGUUCAACAGUUUGCAUCUGGUAGCUUGGAUGGGCCCAUACAAUAUUUUUGA